GGUCAUUUAGGCUCUAUGUGAAUAGUUGUGUCGGUGCUGGUGAUAUUUCAGGAACAGUGAACGAGUAUCAAGAGUUUCUUGAGUAAGGAAAAUAAGCCACAAUGGGUUUCGAUUUCUACGGCAUUCUGGGCGUGAAGCGCAACUGUACGCAGCUGGAGGUGAAGCGCGCGUACCGGCGGCUGGCGCUGAAGUACAACCCCGAGCGGCACGACAACGACGAGAACAUGCAGCGCAUCUUCGCGCUCAUCGGCGAGGCGUACGAGGUGCUGUCCGACCACCUGCGCCGCGCCGUCUACGACCAGUACGGCGAGGACGGGCUCAAGCGCGGCGUGCCCGGCCCGCUGCUGUACCUGCAGCCCUACUACUACCACGGCGACCCAGUCCGCACCUUCAACGACUUCUUCGGCACCGCCAACCCCUACGCUGACCUGCUCGACUACUACGAGAACCCGCCACCCAUGUUCGAGUCGCCGCUCGGCAAGGGCUACAAGGAGAAGGACGCCACCAUCGUCAGACCCCUCGCGCUCUCUUUAGAAGAAGUCUACAAAGGAGGACUCAAGAAAAUGAAGAUUCAAAGACUGGUGUUCACAGAUGAGACGUGUACGGAAUUGAAGCUGAGAGAAAAAGUUCUGUCCAUUCCCAUUAAAGCUGGCAUUUAUCCGAAUACAGAAGUGAGAUUCAAAGAAGAGGGCGACCAGGGCCCGACGAGAAUUCCAGCUGAUGUUAUUUUUAUAACUGAAGAUCGGCCGCACGACACGUUCAUCAGGUCCGGCCUGAGCGACUUACUUUACAUACAGGAUAUCACUCUACAAGAAGCGCUCUGCGGUUUCAUGGUAGCAAUUAAAACCUUAGACGAGAGAAUGCUGAGAAUAAAAAUAGCUGACGUCGUAACCCCUACGUACGAGAAGAUUAUAGAAGACGAGGGAUUACCGUUGCCGGCUUGCCCUACGAAGGCAAAAGGUAAUUUAAUAUUAAGGUUUCGGAUCGACUUCCCAGAAUAUUUAUCGAAGCGCAGUAAAAAGGCUUUCGAAGAGGCAUUCAAGAUAAAAGAUGAGGAAGAAGAGAAGUUUGAAAAAUUGCCCUGUGGUACAUUGUCGGACACUACGAUCUUUAAUACCUAAUAAAAUAGGUAUGCGAAAAAUUGUUCAAUAAACAUUUAU